AUGUCGAAGUUAUUUAUCGGAGGCCUAGCAUGGCACACAGAGGAGGCUACUCUGCGUCAGAAGUUCGAAGAGUUUGGCCCCGUCGAGGAAGCCGUGGUUGUUAAGGAUAGGGACACUGGCCGUAGCCGGGGAUUUGGAUUCGUUCGCUACACUCAGGAAGCGGACGCUCAGAAGGCUAUUGCAGCGAUGAACAAUGUCGACUUUGAUGGGCGAACGAUCCGCGUUGACAAGGCCUCUGACAAUGGCCCGAGAACGAACGUCGGUCGAGGCGCCGCUCCGCCCUAUAUGGGUCGUGGAGGAGGCUACGGCGCGCCUCCGAUGCCGUAUGGUGCUCCUCAAGGGUACCCGAUGCCAGGAAUGAACAUGCCGCCUCAGGUGUAUGGCCGGGGAUACCCCCAGCAGCCAUAUGGUGUGCCUCAAGGGUACCCGCCUCAAUAUGUCUACCCCGAUCCUAACCAGCCGCCGCCACAUCAAAUGCCCCAAGGGGGAAACAGCAACGGUGGUCGCGGCUACUAA